UAGGUGCGGGUGGUUGUUCAGGUAAAGCAAACAUUCUUAUGUACCCAGCCAACAUCCUACACAAUUGCAGGACUCAAGCCAGGGCGUCAUAUCUCACGGCAGCGCCCCCAAGGAACAAUUUCGCAAGCUUACCCGGAGAUAAAUAUAAGACGUUGGGACUGUUGAGGAACGAUCAAGACGAGGGAGGAAUAAAAAAAACCUUGGAAAGGUUUCAGCGCUGGACGCUGACAUCGAGUCUCGAAGCAAUAGAGCAGAGAGGCAUUGUUGUCUUUGAAGGAGAACGUUGAAUUGCAAAUCACUUUAGUGAAAAACAAUAUUUAAAAAAAGUAGCUCGUAUAUUUAGGUAUAUUAUUUAAUCGAUAUAUAGUUUGACAGCAAUGGCAUUUGUGACUCGUGUCGCGAAAUGUGUGUGUAUUUUCGUGACGAUCGUUCUUGGAGCAAGUGAAGUUGCGUCAGCGGCGAGCAUGCGACCCCUGCGCGGCUACCACCUGUGCCGCGGCGAGGUGCUGGUGAACCGCUCGGCCAUGGAGAGCUACACGGAGUCUUUCGCCAAGCUGUCCCUGUGCCAAAACGGCUGGCUGGCGCACGUGUGCUACAAGACGGGCUACCGCGUUGCCUACCGGCCCGUCGUCCACACGCAGCUCGAGAACGCUACCGUUUGCUGCGCGGGCUACGAGAGGAGCGGCUCAUACUGUGUGCUCCCGCUCAACGAGUCGAGCGUGUUUACGUCGAAGCCGGGCGGCUGCCCGGCUUCGCCGCCCGGCGGCUCCACGGCGCCCUGUGCCGGGGACGGGGACUGCGGCAACGCCACCAAGUGCUGCCCCGACGCGGGCGGAGGUGGCGGCCAGCGCACGUGCGCCCCGCCGGUCCCACAAGCGAACACGGGCUACUACGACAUCGAGCUUACUACCACGAUAGAAUACUCGGCAGACCUCCUCGAUCCUCACUCGGCCAGCUUCCUGGAAGCCGCUCGUCUCGUCCACUCGAUGGUGUCGGGCUUGCUGGAGAGCUGGAACGCGACGGGGAUCUACGUGACCGCCUUCGCGCCCUGCACGCUGGGCUUCUGGCGGAGCACCGAGGCCAAGCUGAGGGUCGCCUUCAGCCCACCGAGGACAGACCGCCUGGCGCUCGGCAUGAAGUUGCAAAAGCUACCCUUCACAGCCCCCAGAGUGAUGUUCGCAAGAGUCACAGACGUCAAUGAAUGUAACGCGCCUGAGCUCAAUUCCUGCCAGAGCGGGACAAAUUGUAUCAACAGAAUAGGAACCUACGAGUGCAGAGGCAACCCGGUUGUUGCACCCACCACCUCCGAGCCGCAUUCGAGCGGAUCGCCACCCUGGAACAGCAGCAGCAGCAGCCCGUCACCUUCAGCGCCCUACCCUCCACCCACAACACCGUGCGGGCCGGAUCCUCUGGCGCCGCCGUACGCCGUCGUCACCGGCUUGAACGCCAUGAGCUUCGGACUGAGCUGGGACGCGGGAUGGACGCAGCAGCAGCGGCAGCAGCAGCUCCAGCAGAGCUACGAGCUGAGGUUGUCAGAGGCUCAGAGCCAGGGCCUGGAGCCCACCACGCUGUACAGCCAGGAACCGCGUUACAACUUCACGGGGUUGCGGCCGGGCGUCGUCUACACGGUGGCCAUCACUAGCAGAAGCUGCGGCAAGAACAGCAGCGCCCUCGUCCAGAGGGUCAAGACCGAUUCUCAGGAACUCGUGGGCUCUGUCCGAGUCAUCAACCGAAACUUCACAGAUGCCAUGGCAAACACGAGCAGCGAAGAAUUCGCCAACUUCUCAAGAGAACUUAUCGCAGAGAUUCUGGCGGGCCUUCCGCCCAACGUAGCGGCACUGGUGGCCAACGGCUUGCUGACCAUCAAGGUCAAGGAGCUGAACAGGGGCAGCAUCGUGGCCGUCAUCGACCUGAUUCUGGGCGGCAGCCUCACGGGCCUCACGUUCGACCAGGUGCUGCUCGCUCUGACACAAGCGCUCGUAAACAGCACGGGGCUGCAGUUCGACUUGGCAGGCUUCAACGUCACCGACACCAAUGAGUGCGCCAACUCAACCCUCAACGACUGCGCGGAGAACGCCACGUGCACCAACACCCAGGGCUCCUACAACUGCACCUGUAAUGUGGGCUUCACGGACCCCAGCUCCAUCGUCGCCGGACGCACCUGCCUGGUGAACACAAACCCCCAGCCCAGCUCUACGGUGGCACCAGGAGGCAGCACAAUCCAGCCCAACGUCACCGCAGCAGCUUCCAGUAUCAACUCAACAGUGCCCGGUGCCACAACCCAGCCCAACGUCACCGCAGUAGAUUCCCUUAUGAACGCAACAGUGCCCGGUGCCACAACCCAGCCCAACAAUAUCACAACACCAGCUUCCAGCGUCAACUCGACAGUGCCCGGUGCCACAACCCAGCCCAACAAUAUCACAACACCAGCUUCCAGCGUCAACUCGACAGUGCCCGGUGCCACAACCCAGCCCAACAAUGUCACCACACCAGCGUCCGGCGUCAACUCAACAGUGCCCGGUGCCACAACCCAGCCCAACAAUGUCACCACACCAGCUUCCGGCGUCAACUCAACAGUGCCCGGUGCCACAACCCAGCCCAACAAUGUCACCACACCAGCUUCCAGCGUCAACUCGACAGUGCCCGGUGCCACAACCCAGCCCAACAAUGUCACCACACCAGCUUCCGGCUUCAACUCAACAGUGCCCGGUGCCACAACCCAGCCCAAGAAUGUCACCACACCAGCUUCCGGCGUGAACUCAACAGUGCCCGGUGCCACAACCCAGCCCAACAACUUCACCACGCCAGCUUCUGGCGUCAACUCAACAGUGCCCGGUGCCACAACCCAGCCCAACAAUGUCACCACACCAGCUUCCGGCGUCAACUCAACAGUGCCCAGUGCCACAACCCAGCGCAACAACAACGCCACCACAGCAGCUGCUGGCAGUAACUCAACAGUGCCCAGUGCCACAACCCAGCGCAACAAUGUCACCACACCAGCUUCUGGCGUCAACUCAACAGUGCCUAGUGCCACAACCCAGCGCAACAACAACGUCACCACAGCAGCUGCUGGCAGUAACUCAACAGUGCCCAGUGCCACAACCCAGCGCAACAAUGUCACCACACCAGCUUCUGGCGUCAACUCAACAGUGCCCAGUGCCACAACCCAGCGCAACAGCAAUGCCACCACACCAGCUUCCGGUGUGAACUCAACAGUGCCCGGUGCCACAACCCAGCCCAACAACAACGUCACCACACCAGCUUCCGGCGUGAACUCAACAGUACCCGGUGCCACAACCAAGCCCAACAACAACGCUACCACCACCACUGCCACACAAGCUGCUGGCGGUAACAACACAACAGUGACCGCUACCACAACCAUAGCCAAUGCCACCACCACCACCACCGCACCAGCUUCUGCCAGCAACGCGUCGUUGACCGCCGUGCCACAUCCGCAGUCGACUCUGCCCACGGCGUUUCCGGCGUCUGCGUUAACGGUGACGUGCGACGGCUCGUACCUGUACGUGCGGAUGCCGAAGGCAAAGCUCGCCCUGUGGGGGGUGCAGCAGUCGGACGUCUACCUGGGCUUGCAGAGCUGCGGUGCGCAGCAGGGAGCGACGUCCGACUCGCUCGAGUUCAAAUCGGCGUGGAGCAACUGCGGGACGAAAGUCAGCAGCAACAUCACGCACACGCUGCUGACGAACACGCUGAAGAGCGGCACCGCCGUGGGGGAUCCCUCCCUGCUCUCCAUCGCCGUGUUCUGCGCGCUCAGCAACAACGUGAACACCUCCACGGGCUUCCCGGUCUCGGGGGGCUUCGUCAUCAACGACACGGUGUACGGCACGGGCUGGUACUCCGUGUCACUGCAGAUGUGGCAGAACGACAGCUCCCUGUCCACCGCGCCCGUCCUGGGCGCCAACGACAAGCUGGUCAUCAAAGUGAACAUCGCGUCUGCCAACCCGAACAUCACGGCCGUGAUGCAGACGUGCUGGGCCACGCCCGGGCCCAGCCAGACGGAUGCUCAGCGAACGGAACUCAUCGCCAACAAAUGCGCAACCACAAACACGGACCUCAAGAUCAUCGAGAGCGGCACGUCCAGUACAGCUAGCUUCGAACUCACCUUGUACAAAUACGUCAACUACACGAUGACCUACAUUCACUGCAGCAUCGGCAUCUGCUUGACGACCGUCCAGAAUUGCAAGCCCGUAUGCAGUGGAAGUUCCAGGUCGUCGUACAUCAGGUCCGAGCGAGAAUCAUCGCCCAACGACAACGUCAUCGAUAUGGGGCCCAUUUACUAUAAGGCCGCCACGACCUCCGCGACGGCGACAGAGCCGACGACAGGGACCGAGAUCACCCCAUGGCGCAUCGCCACGAUCGUUCUGGGCGUGCUGCUGGGCGCCGCGCUGCUCAUUCUGUUGGCCAUUGCUGCCUACCGCGCCGCCUCUCGCAUGCACACGGCUCGCUACGGCAUCGAAGAGCGCAACAAUCCGGCCCGCGCCUCCGCCAACGCCAUCACCAACAGGAACUACAGGGUGCUGUGACCCCCCCCCCCCCGCCUAUUGACCCCGCCGGCAGUCCGGAGGUCACCGGUGCCGUCGAUGACGCCCUGCAGUGCCACCCUGCCGUGCCAUCGAUGACCCUGGGGACAUCGCGCGAACGUCAACAGCGUAAAGCGGGACUUGCCAACAAGCUUCGCUUUCGAGUGUAAAAGAAAUGUCAAACGUGGUACCGAUGCAAUGACAAAGAUGACCCCGAUUAACCUUACAGACUGUUGGGGGUGAGCAUUGUUGGUGAGCAACUAAUAAGGCCCAGGGCCACAUGUAGUUUGGAAAACACCAUGCCAUGCUGCCUUGGGUCUCCCCAGUAGCUAUGCUCCUCCAGAAGCUCGUUCACUUAAGGCCAAGUAAACAUAAUGGAGGCCCAGGACCGGUUCACAUAUCAAUUUGUCAUCAAUACGUAUGACUUGGAAUUUAACUAGGGUUGCCAGGAAAGUAGCAUGGUGUAACUGCACCACCAUUCAUUUCACCACGCCACAAUGACAUUCACACACACACAUCACAGAAUAAAAAAAACCCACUGUAAAUAUAUACUGACACACAAAGACAAAGAUCCAGAUAUAGCCAUAAAAGACUUUCUUUAGUGAAUAGCAUGGGGCACACGAUGAGGUGGGAGGCCAGCACCACUCCCGGCUGCCUUUGUCUCCCUUGUGGCAAUGUUUUACACACCACACCAGGUACUCAUUUGAGGCCGAGUCGACCUAGGGGAGGCCCAGGACCAGUUCAUGUAAUCAGCACUGGUGUUGGUCGUGAACGGGGGUCGCCGGGAUCGUAGCACAACAUGCUGACCACUAUACCACUCCUCACCACACUAUAUCGAAGACCCCCGUGUAGCCUUAACAGACUGUUAGGGCAAGUGCUGCUAGUCAGCACCUUACACUAUAUACGUAUACGCUCUAACGCACACAUACCAAAAAUAAUGUAGAAAAUUCUAAAACACACAUACAUGUUAAAUAAACUACAUUAUCUUUCGUACCCCCCCCCCCACGCCUUCCACACCUAUGUAAACCAGUAACAUUUUCUUAAAUAAGCACUCCUGACUACUGUUGCCAUCCUUGGACUCAUACGCAGUUUCGGCUUGUGCACGAAUGUGGAAGGCCAAUGGACUAAAAUUAAUUUUAUUUUGACGUGGAGAAAAAAAUAUGGGGAAGGGGAUGUAUUUAUUUAAUACUCACAAUUUGUAUGGGAGACCUCCAGUCCUGUGUUUACUUUGUACACGUUUUAAAUGCUUAUUGGAAUGUCUAGUGGCUCCUUUUUUAUAUUUGUAAAAAGAAAAUAAAAAUAUCCAAAUAACUCAGGGGCCUUCGUUGGCUUUGGGAUUGGCAGUGAUGGCGAGGUUGAUGAAGUAAUUCUAUAGCUCUGCUGCAAUUAUUUAUUUACAGAUCAUUCUCAGUCCAUCUUAAUACUAAAAUAGCAUUGAAGUAUGUUUCAUAUCUGCCUCUCAGUGAAAUUCCACCACACAUUAAAACACAUUUUUAAAAACAUCAUUUCGAAGCGUGUAGCUGUUAUACCACCCCCCCCCCCCCCCCCCCGUUUCACUUUUAUCUUAUUGACAUACUCAAGAAUAUUUAAAGCUUCUGUCCAUCUUCCUCGCUGGCUCUCAUGGGCGAUGUGCUGUGCGAGUUACUUGUUUUUUAAUGAAGUAACUUCUGGGCAGUAAAUGUCCCUCUGCGAAAAAAAAGCCAAAAAUGAAGGCUCGACGAUUGUGAAAUGAUUCAGGAAAUUGGAAAAGGUCAAACAUCCCUUUCCCUGCUAACGACUCCCUGACAGAUUCAAGUCAAGACUCUUAGACCUUCCUUUUCUCCUCCGCCUUGCCUGGCUAUCUCUUCUCAUUUAAAAUAACUAUGCACCUUCAUUAUUUUAUUAUUUCCCUUCUACGUGACUUUACCGAAAGAACCAAGAAUACGAAUCCCUGCCGUCACGAAAGCUUUAAAUCGAAAGUCAUCAUCAGCUUUGAUCCCACUCCUCCAGGCUGCCGCGACAAUUGCCGUGGCUCCGACACGCGAGUUCACCUCGUCGGGUCCAUCUCAGUGGUGGUCAUCUUCACGGGCGCGUUUUCUCCUUUAGCUGCCCACUCCAUCAUCAGGUCGCCACCAUUGACCAAACAUCCUUCUGUGCGACAUGCCCCUUUUCAUGCCCACUUUCUUCUUCCUUACCAGUCAGGACGAUGUCUCUAACUUUUUUUUCUUUCUGAACGAUGCGUUGCCGUUUCUGUCUCGCAGUGCCAUUCUAAAUGUGCACGACUUCAGGCUUCUUUGAACAAUGUUCUUUUUUGUGUUCUCGUCCAUUUAUCACCCAGCAUCCGUGUUUUCAAUUCAGGUUUUAUAUAUAUAUAUACCAAUGAUUAUGUCACACUGUUUUGUGAAGAAUCUUGAUAUGCAGUUGGUUCUAGUUUUAUUAUAAAUACAAAACUGUGUUGUUUUGCAUGUACGUUCUUAAAUCUUCGUAACGAAAAAAGGUAUAAAAAUCCUUAUUUUACUACAAUGUUAAAUUCACGUCACGUGCGGAUAAACGAACGUGGUGGUGGAUAAAGUAAUUGUGGAUGCAGAAUUUUCAAGAACCAAAAGCAUCGGGACCGUAUUGUUCGAGUUUACAAAUACAUUAUUAGCAUUGGCCUCGCACAAAAAAAAAAACUCCCGGGGUCACAAAAUGGGCCCAUCCAUUACGGUUGUUUGGGGAUUUCCAAAUGCAGGUGGCGCUCCGCAGAUAUAACCAGAUCGAAGGAAUUAAUUGUCGCGCGAGGAUUUAAAUUAGGGCCCCACACCUGGCACUGAGAGCUUGCAAGUCCCACGGCAGAUCCAUCUGUUCCACCUCCGCGAUUCCUCGGCGUCUCUUUAUGUUAACGAUGAGACAUUGCAUGCUGGCAUUCACUUGUCAGUUAACCUUGCAUCAAAGAAUAUGUAGCAAAACAUGACAUUUUAACUCGAAGUUGGCUCUUCUUUGAAAGAAAGAAUGGGCAAGGAUUUCACUUGUGACUUUCAGUGUGCGGCCAAUGUGAACUUUUUACAAAUUAUUUUCCUGAAUUUUUUGUUGCCAGGUACAAGCCCAAUUUUCUGCGGAACCAAAACUGUAAAACACAUUCCUGCGGAGGGAGCUGGUAGGAACACAUUGGGUUGCUUGGUCAAUGGCCAGGGUCAACGACGGCGUGGUGUUUUCCGCAAAUAUGCCUGACUGUUGGCGGGCACAAGCCGGCGUGAUUAGGUUAAACGUUGAGUUUUAUAAGGGCACCACGGGGUGACCAGCCCCUCCCCACCCAGCCCCAACCCUCCCACCCCCCACCCUCCCCACCCAGCCCCUCCCCACCUUCCCCACCCAGCCCCUCUCCACCCAGCCCCACCCUCCCCACCCUCCCCUCCCCACCCAGCCCCUCCUUGCACGACGGACACAAUAAUCCCCUGUGGGCUGGUGUAACCAGGAGGUUCCUACUUAUAUAAAUUGGUAUGUGCACGGAAGAUCACGCAGAAUGGCUCAUUUGAGACAUUAUGCAGCUCAAGUCGAACCCUUAAAAUAUCAAAUGUAUUACAAUAAAUAAAGCCAAAAAUCUUAGCCGUACUCUAAUAAUCUCUCUCGUAUUCACCGAUGAAAAUGUUAAGGAGGAAAACAAGCCUUAUUGUUAGUGCGGCCAUUUCAAAUGACCUAGAAAGUUGUACAAUGACCUUAAAUACUCAUCCACAGUGAAAACAAAUGCUGAGCAAAUGUCAUCACAUAAGCAUGCUUAUGUUUGGAAAAUAACUCCUCACGGACAACAAGAUAAUUACAUUCCCAGAAACAUUCAUUUGUUAUAAUGGACUGCCAUGUCAACGGAAUUGCCAAAUUUGCCCAGAAUUGUAAACAAUGCUACAAUUUUGCUCAUUUGAACACGAGCUAUUAAUGGUACGAGAUGUGUCCAUGUAAUGGGUUUGAAACAAUAGCGAUUCAUUUGCAGGUUGUGUAUCAAACCAAGAUGGAAUUUUCACUCAUUCUGUAAUUUAAUGAAAAUGAGACUUUAAUUGGCAAACUAACAAAAGGUCCCCCGUCUAUUCAAGCAACUUCUGUCUUGAUUUUGGUGAGUGCAUCGCCUUAAAUGUGUCAAAAAUGUGUCAAAGUGUACUAUUGCAUAUUACGGUUGUGUAAACAAAGCCAAACAAUAAAAUCUGGGUGAAAAAGUGGACAAACCACGAAAUGGACUGGCACCUGAAUGCACGUCUGGCAUGCGCGUUUAAGGUGUGAACCCAGUAGCUCCCUCAGGUCCUCCGGCACUGGUCCUCUUGGUUGUUCCGAAGGCGAGGACUCAAACACUUGUGGGGAGGGCAGCCUUCAGCUGCUGUGGUCCUCGUCUUUGGAACGGUCUGCACGAGGAUCUGAUGGCAUUAGAAUCGGUGAAUGUUUUCAAACGACAUCUAAAAAACGUAACCUUUAUAGAUUGGCUUAUAAUUAGGUUGCCCUGAUUGUGUGCUUAUUAUGAUUUUUUAUUAUACUAUAAGCUCAUUAUGUGUCAUUUUGUUAACGUAUCAUUCUUUUUGUUGUUUACAUUGUGUCAGUCCCUUCAUUUAGUCCUGUAAAGCACUUUGCAUUGCAUUCUUUGCAUGAAUUGUGCUAUAUAAGUCAAGUUUGAUUUGAAAAGUCACAUUCAGGGCCAACUCCAUAUUUAUCCAACACAUUAAAUCGGGUCUCAUAUGUACGUACACAACAAUAUGUUUUGCCUUGGAACAGGUUUUAAUGUGAGUUUGUUAUACCGGGAAUUAAGAAGGCUUGUGUCUUAAUGGGCGCAAAUUGUUUUCAAAUCAAGAGUGAAAUUGACGUGUAUCAUUUAGAGAAAGACUUCAUUAAACUAAUGAGGGGAAGUUUCAGCAGCUUAGAGAAAAUAUGUCAUCAUUUCCCACGGCGUAACCCCAUUGACUUUAUGCACUUAUAAAAUAAACACAGUGAAACUCCAGGAGUAUAAGCUCGUUAGUUCAAUUACUAUAUUGUUGAAUUAUACUAUCAUAUUAAAAGCAUGCUUGUGUGGCAGUAAAGAUUGAGAUAUCAUCA